UUAAGAACAUAAAUGUGCUGAUUGGACGACGGUGUCUCGCGCAUCAAAACAACCGUCUCGUUGUUGUUGUCGACUCGAGAGGUUAAGCGGCAAAGGAAUAAUUAAUAAACAAAGCUCUUUGAGUUAAAUCGCGCACGCAAGGUUAUUGAUGAAGACGCCGCACCAGAGAUUGGUUAUGGUUGGCGAUCGCGACGGGCUGAAGGAGCUGUUGAGACGCAGACUGGUGGAGUGCGGAUGGCGGGACCAGGUGAAGCUGAUCUCGAAGGAGAUAGUAAAGGAGCACGGUCACGAUGUCACCUACGACACGCUGCUAUCCGCGGUGACCAGCAAAGCUCGCACGCUCGUGCCGGACUCGGUGAAGAAGGAGCUGCUGCAGAAGAUCAAGAAUCAGCUGUUGGCUCAGGAGGAGAAGCUGAAAAUUGUGACAGACCGUUAGGAAUAGCUUCGUUAGAAUCGUCACUGAUCGCGGACAAUUCUCCAUCAACGCGAUUAUGUCAAAAUAUGCUUUUGAAACGCGACGAGUCUCCUCCGCAAAUGACCCUCUCCUAACGAUUCACCAUGCGACAAGAUAUAACUGUUACGUUACGUCGCGUCUAAUGCGUAAGAAGCGUAAAAUGUGAUAUUUAACAAGUAAUUAGAGUACACAUCUAAUGGACUAGAAUCUAAUCGCGUGUCUGAAACAGGGAGAGUAUAACUUGCAAAAAUGUUUUAUAUAUAUAUUCUUAGAUGUACAAAUUAUAUGAAUAAAAUAUGAUUA